AUGUUUCGCAUCUCGUCUGCAUUUGCCCUGGCUCUGGCCGCCAUCCUAAUGACCAGCCAACAGGUCGCCGCUCUGCAGCAAUAUUGUGAGUGUAUCGCACCGAAAUGUGGCACCAUUCACAUGUUAUCAGAUCUGAUAUCGACCCUCGCUUGCCCUUUUGCCGUUGGUAGCCGUCGUUUCAGCCCCAAAGCUGACCGACAAGCAGCUGCUCCAGAUUUACGUAUCGACCUGCCAAAAUCUUCGGGCUACUUCAGGGCACUAUCCCACUCCAGUGUACUGCGAUAAAAAGUGAGCUAGACGUGUCUUUGACCAGGUUUGGCUUGCGAAGCUCAUCAGGUGUCUUGACAUUUACGCAGCGGGCAGGAUAUUCACUCGCAGGUGGUGGCCGCGCUCGGCGCAGCUGGCUAUACCAACUGGACGUUCAGGCCGAAAUAA